AUGGACACUUUGGUCAAUUCUGUCAACGGGUCUUUCACCGACUUGAAAGCACAAACGCCAGAAAACAUUCUUGUGUCGCAUCCCAUAUAUAAGCACUACGAUGAACUCCACUAUGUGCACGGAUUGCAUAAUCUGCUUAGUGCCUCUUUGGACCAGAGCAUUUGGCCUGAACUCACAGGAGUCACCUUGGUUGGUGAUGAGAAAAUCACCUUCCGUUCACGGGGCAUUUUUGUGGUGGACGACGCUUUUUUGAGCGAAUGCAAUGACUUUUCCGAUCUUGGAGAUGCUCACAACUCAAGCUACACGUUUUUCCAUUUGGGAAGCAAGCUCUCGGGCCAUUCGCUGAUUGUCCAUGGCGGCUUGUUGGCUACGCUUUUGGAUGAGCUUACGUGCAUUUUGGCCUUCCAGAACUUUCCUUCGAAGAAAGGUGUCACGGCAAACUUGAACAUCAACUAUUUCAAGCCAUGCAUGAUCAACUCGUAUGUGAUGGUGAAGUGCACGCUGAUAAAGAAAAGCGGCCGCAAGUGCUGGGUCAAGGGCCAGAUUUACAAGUUGGACUUGGACGCAGAUAUCGAAGGUUCUGUGCCAGAGUUUGUGGAAAGAAAAGAGAACUUGUUGAGUGAAUGCGAGUGUUUGGUGAUCGAACCGAGAUGGGUCCACGAGUUGAGCAACAAAAAGUAA